GGGAUGCAGAGGGGGCUCGCCGGCAGCAUCUGGAGCCUGUGCCUCUCCCCGUCCGAGGCAGCUGGAGCCGGAGCGAGGCAAAACUAAAAGGAGGUGGCAGGGAGAGACGGAGGCACAGCAAAAUGCAUGCACGUUAGAGGAGGGACCUUCCCAGAAUGAGAGUACGGCGGGAUACAGCGGAGCGGGGACACCGAACUGUCGGGCAGCGCUGGCUCGGCCGGCUGGGACAGAGCUGAUUUUCUGCUCUGAUUGACGCCGGGAACGAGCCCAGCCGCGGCAAGAUGGGAUCGGCCUCCUCCACUUACCGGCCCAAAUGCAUUUAUUUGGACAUUGACGGAAGGAUCCAAAAGGUGAUCUUCAGUAAAUACUGCAAUUCCAAAGAUAUUAUGGACCUUUGCUGCAUUGCAACAGGGCUACCAAGGAACACCACCAUCUCCCUGCUGACAGCGGACAACUGCAUGGUGUCCAUUGACCCCACGAUGCCUGCCAACACUGAGAGGUCUCCAUACAAAGUGAUCCCAGUUAUGACUGAGCAGCUCUCAGAGAAAGAAGAAUUGUUCCAGAAUUUAUUGGGACAGAUUGCUGAGCAGUUCUCGAGGGUUUUUAAAAUCAAUGAACUGAAAACGGAAGUAGCUAAUCACUUGGCAAUGCUGGAGAAAAAGGUUGAAUUGGAAGGCCUGAAGGUGGUGGAGAUUGAGAAAUGCAAGCGUGACAUUAAAAAGAUGAGGGAGGAAAUGGCAGCAAGGAGCAGCAGGACUAACUGUCCCUGCAAGUACAGCUUUUUGGAGGAAAACAAGAGGCCAGCUCCACGGAGGGAUGUACCAUCCUACCCAAAGUACAUGCUGUCCCAGGAGACCAUCGAGGCUCUGCGGAAACCGACUUUUGACGUGUGGCUGUGGGAGCCCAACGAGAUGCUGAGCUGCUUGGAGCACAUGUACCACGACCUUGGGCUGGUGAAAGACUUCAACAUCAAUCCCAUCACCCUGAAGAGGUGGCUGCUGUGCAUCCACGACAAUUACAGGAACAACCCCUUCCACAAUUUCCGGCACUGCUUCUGCGUCACCCAGAUGAUGUACAGCAUGAUCUCGCUCUGCAGCCUCCAGGAGAAAUUUUCCCAAAUUGACAUUUUGAUUCUCAUGACUGCAGCAGUGUGCCAUGAUUUGGACCAUCCAGGCUAUAACAACACCUCAUUGAAUAAGCACAGAAAAGAGUGCAAGCAGGUGGUUUGGAGCAGCUGGGGGUGUCUGGGAGGUUUUGCUCAGGGUGUCCCUGCCCUCAGCUACCAGAUCAACGCGCGGACGGAGCUGGCCGUGCGCUACAACGACAUCUCCCCUCUGGAGAACCACCACUGCGCCGUGGCCUUCCAGAUCAUCUCCCAGCCCGAGUUCAACAUCUUCUCCAACGUGGACCAGGACCAGUUCAAGCAGAUAAGACAGGGGAUAAUUACGUUAAUCCUGGCUACAGACAUGGCGAGACAUGCAGAAAUACUGGACUCUUUCAAGGAAAAAAUGGAAAACUUUGAUUACACAAAUGAAGAACACAUGACCUGUCUGAAGAUGGUGCUGAUAAAAUGCUGUGACAUCUCCAACGAAGUCCGCCCAAUGGAGGUGGCAGAGCCCUGGGUAGAUUGCUUGCUGGAGGAGUAUUUUAUGCAGAGCGACCGAGAAAAGUCCGAGGGGCUCCCGGUGGCGCCGUUCAUGGACCGCGACAAAGUGACCAAACCCACAGCACAGAUCGGAUUCCUCAAGUUUGUCCUCAUCCCCAUGUUCGAGACAGUGACCAAGCUGUUCCCAGAAGUGGAGGAGGUGAUGCUCCAGCCUCUGUGGGAAUCCAGGGACCACUAUGAGGGGUUAAAACAGAUAGAUGAUGCUAUGAAAGAGCUGCAGAAACAGAAAAGUGAAGGUUUGACCACGGGCAGUACCGAAAAGUGAGAGGAAACAGCCUUUGAACAAAUAAACCACGAGCCGUGAGGCUGCCCUGCUUUGAGAAAUGCUCCAUUAGCCAAGCAGAGGUGGUGGCUACAUCAAAAUCCAAGUGGGACCAUGCAGGGAGAGAUGGACCCACAGCCUGCAGCCUCCUCACAGAGAUGCUGCUGCCGUCGGACACCGCGGGCUCCCAGACUCCUGAAUUCCCUCUACAGGCUCUGAAUUCCCACCACAACCUCCUGGCAGGAUUCCCCAGGCUCUGAAUUCCCACCACAGCCUCCUGGCAGGAUUCUCCUCGUGGACACUGCUCAGGCUGCAGCACAGCUCCAUCCUUCAGCAGAUCUGUCUUCCUGGUGACCCAGCUGCCCACAGUCUGUAGAGACAAAUCAGAGUUUAGCCAAGGAGCCUUUUCUGGGACAUGGUCCCCUGGCACCAGGGGUUGUUUUAGUCAAGAUACUCUCUGUAUGUGUACAGCAGGAUGCUAAUUACAGCAUAGCUCACCAGAUGCUUAUACACUGACAAGGGUCCAGGCAUGCAUUUUUGUUUGCUUGGUAGGCCCUGAUGACACAUUUCUCCUCAUUAUUCUCUGAAUUUUAUAGUGUUCACAGUACAUUCAGAAGCCCAACAUAGUGGAUGCAAUUUUCUUUUUGGUUUUUUUUCUACAUUAGAAGAAAUCAGAAGAAACCUUAGUGAGUUUGCAGGGUGGCUUUGUGGCCUGGUACAGCUGGACACCAUGGGAUCCUUCAGCAUGGGCAAAGAAGGGAGCACAAAGCUGAAAAAACCUCGGUGCAAACACAUUUUUAUCCUUGUUGAUGCAAAAAAAAAACCAACAAGAGACACCUUCAAAGAUGUACAGAUUUUUUUUUUUUAACUUUUAAACCGAUCUGCUAAAUAAUAUAUUCUUCUACAGAAA